CGGGGCGGGGUGCGUGUCCCGUUAAUUACCGAGGCCCCGUUAAUGAACCGCGCCCCGCGCGUUCCGCAGGCGGAGCCCGGCGGGGGCCGCCCCCCCCUGCCCAGCCUGGGGGUGACCCUGGGCCGCCUCCUGGGGGCGCUCGAGGCGCUCGUGGCCCCCCCGGAGCGGGCGCGCGCGCGGCGCCUCGUGCGCGAGUUCGGGGCGCCGGGGGCGGGGCCGCGGCUGCAGGAGCGGCUGCGCGGGACCCGCCCCCCCCCCCGCCUGCCCGAGUGGCCCUGGGGCUCCAGCGAGCGCCUCCCGCUGCCCGUGCACACCUGCGCGGGGCUGGCGCUGCCGCCGCUCGGCUGGGACGGCUGGAGGGGACAGCUCUGGUUCGCUGCCCGGCUCCUCUCGGGGGUUCUGGACUAUCGGGAGCAGCUCCAGAGACGGGACCCCCCCGAGCCCUGGGUCCAGGCCGCAUUCGGGGGGUGCCGCGUCCCGGGGCCCCGGCGGGACGAGGUGCUCCGGCUGCCCCCGGGGGCCCCGUCCCCCCCGCACGUGACCGUCAGCAGCAACGGCCAGUUUUUCCUGGUGGGGGUCGCGUCCCCCUCGGGCCGGCCCCUCCCCCCCCCCGCCCUGCUCGCGGCCCUGGGGGGGCUCCGGGAGCGCGCGGGGCUGGGGGGGGGAGGGGCGCGCGCGCACCCCCCCGUGGGGCUCCUGACCGCGCAGCAGCGGCGCCACUGGGGGCGUGUCCACGGCGCCAUGAUGAGAGACCGGCUAAGCCGCGCCUCCCUGGGGCGGAUCCAGAGGAGCCUCCUGGUGCUGAGCCUGGACUCACCUGUGCUGGCCCCGCCCGGUGGGCGUGGCCCCGAGGGCGUGGCCGCCCAGGUGCUGCACGGGGGCGGGGCCAACGCCAACAGCGCCAAUCGCUGGUGGGACAAGACCCUGCAGCUGGUGAUUGGCCAGGACGGCACCUGCGGCGCCCUCUGGGACCCGGCCGUGAUCGACGGCGCCGUGGUGGCCGAGCUGCUCGACCACGCCCUGGAGCACAGCCGCCGCUUGGGCCCCGCCCCCUCCUCCGGCGAGGCCACGCCCCCUGCCCCGCCCCCCCCGCAGCGGCUCCGCUUCAGCGUGGGCCCCGAGAUCGCACCUGAGGUGGAGCGGGCCAAGAAACACCUGGACAGCCUGGCGGCGGACGUGGACGUUCAUUGCUUCAGCCACGAGGGCUUCGGGGAGGGGGCGGGGCCGCACGCCGAGGCCGUGGUGCAGGUGGGGCUGCAGGUGGCGUUCUACAGGGCCCACGGCUCGCUCUGUGCCACCUGCGAGCCGCUGUCGCUGCGCCACGUCCUACCUGGCUGCACCGACCUGCUGCGCCCACCUGGGCCGCCCUGCCUGGCCCUGGCACGGGCGCUCGACGAGCCCGACGCGCAGCCCGAGGAGCUGCUGGCGCUGCUGCGCGAGGCCGUGGAGGCGCAGGAGAGCCGGACCCAGGAGGUGCUCUCGGGCCAGGGGGCGGAGCGACACCUGCAGGGGCUGCGCCAGGCGGCGCUGGCGGCCGGGGAGCCCCUCCCCGAAAUCUUCCUGGACCCCGCCUACGCCCAGGCCACGCACUUCCGGCUCUGCACCCUGCAGGUGCGCUCCCGCGAGGGCUCCUGGCUGCUCCGGGGUCCCCUGGUCCCGGACGGGUACGGGGUGGGGGUGGGGCACGUGCUGGCCCCGCCCCCCGGGGACCCCCGAGGCCCCUCCCCCACCGCGGGGGGCCGGGGCUUCGCGUGGCCGUCACCGCCUUCGCCUGCUGCAGCCACACCCAGGCCGCGCACCUGGGCGCUGAUCCAGCGGAAUCCAGGCCAGGAUUUGGAGGCUGAUAAAGCUCCAAUCCGGUGGAUCCGGGCCAGGAUUUGGGGUCAAUCCUGA